ACUGCAGUGAUUGUAUUGUGUUGUGGCGUGUAUUUUGUGUUGAUAAGAAAACCGUUUGGAUCAUUGGUUGUACUUAUUAUUGUCAUACAUAUUAUUCAUAAUGAUAGAAGACUGUUGGGAUGAUGUCGAUUCGGCACAAGUACCUGUUGGUUCAUACGAUUCUGGUACCAGUUUCGGCCGUGGCAGAGGAUUUGUGCCAUUGGAACAAGGACACAGCGUCGGGUAUAGAAAUGGUGGAACUGUUGACGGAAACGUUGAGGCUUCAAAUGACAGUAUUUCUCACGGAAAAAGUAAGGAUGUGGCUAGAGGAGGGCAGAGAAAUUACAGAGGUGGCAGAGGAGGUCGUGGAGGAUCUUCAUACAGAGGUGGUGCUGGUCAUCAGGGCAGAAGAGAGGACGGUGGAAGACGCGAUCACCAGGGAGAUUCAUCUACUAAUGAUGGAAUUAAAAGUCGAAGGGGCAAAGAAGCUGGCAGUAUGGAAAAGCCACGAGAAGUGUACAUUCCACCAGAACCUGUUGAUGAUGACACCAUGUUUGCUGGAGGCAUUAGUACUGGUAUGAACUUUGAUAAGUAUGACAUUAUGCAAGUAAAUGUAACUGGUGAAAAUGUUCCAAAAUCAGUGGAACGUUUUGAAGACUCGGGACUUCGGCAGGUUCUAUUGGACAACAUUUGUAGGUCUGGCUAUACGAAACCAACUCCAGUACAGAAACAUGCUAUUCCUAUCGUAAUUGCAGGAAGAGAUCUAAUGGCAUGUGCUCAGACAGGGUCAGGUAAAACAGCAGCAUUUCUUCUACCAAUAAUACACGUGCUACUGAAUGACCCCAAGGAACUAAUUGUGACACCUGACCACUGUGAACCCCAAGUAGUAAUCAUAUCUCCUACAAGAGAAUUGACCCUGCAGAUUUUUAAUGAAUCUAGGAAAUUUUCCCAUGGCUCGGUUAUAAAGACAGUUGUUGUAUAUGGGGGCGUAGCUUCUUAUCAUCAGUCACAGCACGCAUUGAGAGGAUGCCACAUCUUGGUGGCAACCCCUGGUCGCCUCUUGGACUUUGUAAACAGACGUCAAGUUACAUUUUCGUCUUUAAGGUUCUUGGUGUUGGAUGAAGCAGACCGCAUGUUGGACAUGGGUUUCAUGCCUGACAUUGAGCGCAUGAUGGGACAUCCAACCAUGGUGGCAACUGGUGAGCGUCAAACAUUGAUGUUCUCAGCAACAUUUCCAGAAGACAUUCAGCGAUUGGCUGGGAAAUUUCUAAAUAACUAUUUGUUCCUAGCUGUUGGAAUUGUAGGCAGUGCCUGUUCAGAUGUAGAGCAGCAUUUUCAUCUGGUACCAAAAUUUGAAAAAAGACCCAAACUGACUGAACUUGUUUCUCAAGAGGGAUGUGAAAAAACGUUGGUUUUUGUUGAGAUGAAACGCACUGCUGAUUUCAUUGCCUCAUAUUUGUCAGAGUGUGCUCUUCCCACAACAAGUAUUCAUGGAGAUCGUUUACAGAGAGAACGAGAAGAGGCACUGGCAGAUUUCAAGAGUGGUCGCAUGGGAGUUUUAGUAGCUACUGCUGUGGCAGCAAGAGGACUGGAUAUAAAAAAUGUACAUCAUGUUGUUAAUUAUGACUUGCCUAAGAGCAUCGAUGAAUAUGUUCAUCGAAUAGGACGAACUGGUCGUGUGGGAAAUCGUGGAAAGGCAACCAGUUUUUAUGAUCCUGAAGUUGAUGCUCCCCUAGCAAGAGAUCUUGUGAAGAUUCUUCAACAGGCAGGCCAAGAUAUACCUCCAUGGCUGGAAAAGGAUGCUUCUAGUGCUGUAACCUCAUCACCAUACCCUCAUCAUGGCCAUUUUGGUGGAAAAGAUUUUAGAAAGUUUGAAGAUCAGAAAGAUGGACCUGACAAUACAUUUGGAGCAGUGUCAGAUAACCGUUACAGCUUGCCUCAACCUUUGGAACCUGAGGAAGAAUGGUGAAAUGCAGUAUUACAUACUCAUGUCUGACUUUAAAGAGGCAUGACAGAAAUUCAGGGAAGAAUUUGUAGGGUAAUUAUGUGUUUGUUUAUACAUGUCAUAUUUCCUUUGUAAACUCUUAAUUUGCAACAAACACAGAUAUAAGAUUUCAGUAUAAGACAUAUUUGGAAUGAUAACUGCAUACAGUUGAAUUUAAAAGAAUGUAAUAGGGCUGUGAAGUGAUUACAAUUCUUAGUCUGCGUGCUUUAAUUAAUUAAAUAAGUUGGUAAAUAUAAAAAUACUUUGUUGUGAGAAAUACCAUUAAAUUUUCUUUAUUGUUUGCAUCAUGUUGUGUAUUAUAGUAUUAUACAACCAGCAACACAGCACAUUCUUAAUAUAUAAACCAAUGAACUGUACUAUUCGUUAUUGCAUUGUAUUUUUGAUGUUUAUCUAUGUUAGUAAUCAUUAAUAUGAAUUUAAUUACAAUACUUGUGUUUCCUUAUAAUGAAGUUAUAUGUGUUAGGACUAAUAUUCAGAAUAUAAACACAAGUAUUGAAAUGAAUUUCAUAUUAAUGAUUACUAACGUGGAUCCACAUCAGAAAUAAAAUUCAAUAACAUAUAGUACAUUUCAUGAAAAAUUGCCUCAUUAUGAUCUAGCUGGAUUGAUACAUGUAGCAAAUGAUAUGACAAUUACAUCGGUUAUCUGUUAUGAAUUUUCUGUGUUGACAGAUAUGCUUUACCAUUAAUUUACUUGAAGGUUAAUAAUAAAUGUGUUGUUUGAAAUGUGAACCUAACAGACAUUCCUCUUGCACAGUCUGAAGUACAACAAAUUUUAAUGCUGUAUUUCAGGUAAUGUGGGUUUAUAAAUGAACAGUAAAAUGCUGUUUUGCUCAUGAGUUAUUGUGCUGGGUCAGUGCAUUGGAACAAGGCCUGAAGUUUGAUUUUCAUUAAUUGCUUUUAUUUUCUUUAUGGAAAGAACUGAUUAAGUAUGUACUCUUUGUUCAUUAAGUUUCUGGCUAAGGCGUUCAACAUAGCCAAAUUUGUAAUUGUUCAGUUAUAAUAAAUAUUUCAUUACCUAA